AUGCCCACGUUCAGCGAGGCCGCCCAUACUGUCCACGAAGCCAACAAGCCUCGUUGGCGCAACGGAAGCCACACGUCAGCGUGGAUUCAGACCCUCGAACGACACGCCUUCCCCAAGAUCGGUAACAAGAAGAUCGACACGGUAAGCCGCACCGACGUGCUGACCGUCCUUACACCCAUCUGGUCGACGCGCCCCGAGACCGGCCGGCGCGUGCGACAGAGGAUGCGAACCAUAUUCAGGUGGGCGAUGGCGAAUGAAUUGAUCGAGACCAACCCGGCGGGAGAAGCCAUAGACGGUGCCUUGCCAUCGAUGCCCAAGGUCAAGGCGCAUCUCCGGGCGCUUCCCUACCAGGAGGUGGGUUCGGCUCUCGAGACCGUCGAUGCGUCCCAGACGUCACCUGCUUCGAAGCGCUGUCUGAAGUUCCUGAUUCUCACGGCGGCACGCUCCGGUGAGGCGAGAGGAGCUACUGGGACGAGAUCGAUUUCGAGCGUUGAGCAGGCAUAUGCACGGUCCGAUCUGUUCGACCGGCGCCGAGUGCUCAUGCAGCAGUGGGCGGACUACCUCACAGCUAGUCGAGCCGAAUCCUCAGGAUGCUACUGA